GGUUAUUGUGUUACAUUCACUUCACAUUCGUAAAAAUGGCCCUUCGCUCGAUUACCCGCGUCUCGGCGCGCACCGCCUGCCGCGCUGCCACGGCCGCUCGUCGCGCGGCCGUGACUGUGCGUGCGGCCCACAACCCCGCCGCCGUCACCAAGAAGGUCUACUUCGACGUGAACAUCGGCGCCAACUCGGCCGGCCGCGUGGUGAUUGGCCUGUACGGCAACGACGUGCCGGACACGGUGGAGAACUUCCGCGCGCUGUGCACCGGCGAGAAGGGCUUCGGCUACAAGGGCUCGGUCUUCCACCGCGUCAUCAAGCAGUUCAUGAUCCAGGGCGGUGACUUCACUGCCGGCAACGGCACCGGCGGCAAGUCCAUCUACGGCGCCCGCUUCAACGAUGAGAACUUCAAGUACAAGCACACCGGCCCCGGCAUCCUGUCCAUGGCCAACGCCGGCCCCAACACCAACGGCUCGCAGUUCUUCAUCUGCACCGUGGCCACCCCCUGGCUGGACGGCCGCCACGUGGUGUUCGGCGAGGUGGUGGAGGGGCUGGACGUGGUGGCCAAGGUGGAGAACUCGCCCACCGGCCGCGGCGACCGCCCCGUGGAGCCCAUCACCAUUGCUGCCUGCGGCGAGCUGUAGAGCGGCCCCGGCAGUACCGUAGUAGCGGUGUACGCAGCUGAGGGUGAUGUUUAUGACGGACGUGCGUGUUGUGGGGAGGGGUGUCGCAGCGUGCCAGCAGCGGGUGAAGCGCGGCAAAAGCGGCAUGAAGCUGAAUUUGUGAUGUGCAUGGUGAAGCCGAGUUUCGGGCUGUGGCUGUGACACGGCUGUAAGGCUGUAAGGGGUGUGUUGAUCGGACCCUGCUUGGGGUGCUGUAACAGGCAGUGGAAGCAUAUGUCUGAACAGCAGCGGCCGGCGGCGCGACAGCGUCGGCACCAGCUGGAACGUGAAACCUUGUGUAGCAGUUCCGCGACCACGUUCGCCCACCAUACUUGUCUAUCAAGAUAGUCUCAGCGAUCUGCUGCUGGUAUCCAAACCCAUAACGCAACCAUGGCAAGUAACCUCUCACUGCCCAAGCGGCUGGAAAUGCUGCCAACGGACGCGUGAAAGGUUGAACUGGACCACGAGUGAAGCUGUCGCCUCACCUCCGGGCCAUGAGGGGCGUGCAUGACAGCACGAUACACCCCGCAACUCGAUUGCACAUCAGGGCCUGCGAGGCGGACGCUUGGCAGCACGGACACGCGUCCCAACCUGGUGCAGCAAAAUGUGAAUUCCAGGGAGGGCUGCAGAUGUUGCGGGUUCGUUUUGCGACGCGGGCUCGCGGGUGCUUGCUAGGCUGCUAGAAGGCUUUCAAGGACUCGAGUAUGACCAAGGUAAACUCGUUUCCACCUCCUUUGCUUGCUGGUCAACGCGAAGGGCGCCUUACCAGAUGGAAGGGGGCGGGGGUAUAUCAUAAGCGGCUACGUCUUGCUUGAACGUGGAGCUUACACAGAGCUAAGAGUGGCAUAUGGUAUCAAUAGUAACUGUGUGAAGGAAGUCAUGCUUAGCACAGACGUCUGUGCUAAGCAUGACUUCUAGAAAAUUAGCCGCGUUCCUGUACUCAUUGCAGACUCUGCGUGCUAGCAUUCUGCGGGGCGAUUGAGCGGACUGAACCUGUUUUGUUCUGCUAUAUGCGCCUCCGGACUCAAAGGAGUUAGUGGGGCCGCAUGGACUACGACGCCAUGUAAAUGCUCAUGCUCAUAAGCUGGCCGACGACGAAACUCCUUUUCGUUUGACUCCUUCAAUCAACUACAAUCAACUUGUUCCAGUCGCUUGAGCCCAACCAAUCCUGCGAAACUAGAACUACUUUGUGAGCACCACGCUUAUCGGGCUUCAUGCCACACGCAGGAGGCGAAAGAAGAUGGAGGUUUUCAAGGUCGUCGCUGGCCCGGGCAUCAUAGCCGCGGGCUUUGUGGCAGCUAGCUACGUGUCUAGCCAGGGCUUCGUACAAGCUGCGGGUGUGCUGGGCACUCACUUCGAGGACGGUCUGAAGGGUCAUAUGGCCAGCGAAGGUGCUGGGCAGCACCUACUUGCAACCGGUUUUGAGCACUUGAGCAAGGCGGUCAAGGAUAGCAAGCCUUUCUUUCAUCUGCUGUCUUUUGGGAAGUAAGCGGUUUCCUUUAGAGCAUGCGGUAACCUGAAGGCUUUUCAGAAGGAUGUGAGGGUUCUCCGUGAGGUAUGAUGAGUUGCCUUCGGCAUUAGGUCUCUCAGUGUCUCUGUUUCUUUCGAUGACACGCACAUGGAAAGGAGCCUCGUUGAUAUGGCCAAAGAACUCGUGAUGUGACGCUGCUUGAUGGAAGGAUAGAAAAGCUGUAAAGUGAACAAAGUAAGUACCUAUGGUGUCACAGAAGCGCGUCUCGCGACACAAGCGUGUAAGGUUGGGGGU